GUUAGUAUAUAGUGGGAUAAAAAUCUAAUUUUUCUUAAAGACUCAUGAAAGUGACAAAUAUUAAGGGUCAUUUUUUUUAAGUAGGGCAUAAUAAAAUGAGGUAUAUUAUUGAAGGGGUAUAAAUAUGCAGCAAGCAGUAGCAUAAAUGUGCAAGAGAAUUUAGGAGCCAAAAGCUUACGUAAGUAAGCAACAAGAGCUAGAAAUAUUUUUUGUUUUCACUCAAAAAAUUUUGUUGGGGUUUUUUUUUUGUUUGCUAGUCUUGUAAGAUGUCUUGUAGGGGAGUGAUGGGAGCACAUAUGGGGAUGAGCUGGGGAAUGUUGGGAGAUGGCGGGUGGCGAAAAGGGCCAUGGACCGCCGAAGAAGAUAGGUUGCUUAUUGAAUAUGUUAAGCUCCAUGGUGAAGGAAGAUGGAAUUCUGUUGCUAGACUUGCAGGAUUGAGAAGGAAUGGUAAAAGCUGUAGAUUAAGGUGGGUUAACUAUUUAAGACCCGACCUUAAACGAGGGCAAAUCACUCCACACGAAGAAAGCAUCAUCCUAGAGCUCCAUGCUAGGUGGGGCAACAGGUGGUCCACCAUUGCGCGAAGCUUGCCUGGAAGAACAGAUAAUGAGAUCAAGAACUACUGGAGGACACAUUUCAAGAAGAAGGACAAGGCUUCACCAAACAACCUCGAAAAAUCGAAAACUCGCUUGUUACGGAAACAGCAGUUUCAGCAACAGCAGCAACAGCAGCAGCAGCAACAGCAACAGUUUACGGCGAUGGACAUGAAAAAGAUCAUGUCUAUCCUUCUUGAGGAUAGUGAUAGCAAUAAGGUAACAAACAAUACAACGACGAGUACUAGUCUAGUACAGCAAGCUCGACAAGCUGAGAUGGGUGCUAACAUUUAUCCAACAUAUACUGAAGAACAAGGGAAUAAUUGGGGUUGUUAUAGUGAUAAUACUAUUUCUUGUGAAGCUUCUAACGUUGAUCUUCUUUGCUGGGAUGCUGCCUUGUGGAACUUAGAUGAUUUCCAAGGGAAUAAUUGGGGUUCAUUUUGAGCAACCUACAAUUUCACAUCCAAAAAAAAAAAAUCUACAACUUGGGAUGAUUAAUCAUGGUAAAUAUGUACUAUAGGCCGUUUUCAAAAAUAACCUUGACUUAAUUAUUUGACAAGUUUAAAAAAUACUUUUGAUGAACUCGAAAAUUUCUAUUUUAUUGACCUAUUUUUACAUUUCAUGAAAUAUUUCAAAAUUUAGGCUAAUGAAAUUUUAAUUUUCGAGUUCAUCAGUGUUAUUUUAAAAAAGGGUAAAUUAGUCGGGUGAUAUUAAAAAACGUCUAACAGUACAUAGUUACCGUGAAUGAUUUCCCAAAUACACAUAUACCUUUAAGCAUUUUUAUUGUUUGUCCAUUAUUGCAUGCAUCAUAAUUGUGGUUUGAGAUUUAGUCAUUAGACGAAAGCCUCACGGAUUGUUAAAAAUCAAAUGUUAAAUAUAAUAGCCUAAUUAGCUAGCUUAGGCCAAUGAAUGGUACGUGAAGUUUCUUGCCAUGUAAGUGACUUUGCAAGAAACUAACAUGUACCUCACUAGUAGUGGCAUCAAAUGGUGCUUGAGUUUGUAGUUUUAAUUUCCUAAUCUUAAGCUUGUUUAAUGUAUAUUAUUCUAAAUGAUCAACUUAAGUGAUUUGCUUUACAUA